AUCGCAGAGGUGGCCGUCGGCGAGCUCGGCAACUCGGGCAAGCUGGCGGGCGAUCGUCAUUGGCGCGACGCCGCGAUGGCGAGCCUCGAGGGCUCCGACCACGCGGGCGACGGCGCCGAGAUCGCAGGCCUCGAGGGCUCCGGCGAGGGCGACGGCGCCGAGAUCGCGGGCCUCGAGGGCUCCGGCGACGCGAAGGACGGCGCCGAGAUCGUAGAGCUCAAGGGCGCCGGCGACGCGAAGGACGGCACCGAGAUCGCGGACCUCCAGGGCUCCGGCGACGCGAAGGACGGCGCCGAGAUCGCAGAGCUCAAGGGCGCCGGCGACGCGAAGGACGGCGCCGAGAUCGCGGACCUCGAGGGCUCCGGCGACGCGAAGGACGGCACCGAGAUCGCGGACCUCGAGGGCUCCGGCGACACGGAGGGCGGCGCCGAGAUCGCGGGCAUCGAGGGCUCCGGCGACGCGAAGGACUGCACCGAGAUCGCAGACCUCGAGGGCUCCAGCCACACGGAGGGCGGCGCCGAGAUCGCGGGCAUCGGGGGCUCCGGCGACGCGGAGGACUGCGUCGCGAUCGCGGGCCUCGAGGGCCCCGGCGACGCGGGCGAGAUCGCGGGCCUCGAGGGCUCCGGCGGCGGCGCCGAGGUCGCGGGCCUCGACGGCUCUGGCGGCGCAGAGGCCGCCCACCCCGCGGUGGUGCUGUUGGCGAGCAGCUUCAUACAGGACUUCCCGUACGAGACGUGCGCGUGGUGCGGCGAGGGCUUCUGCGCGAGUGACAAGGUCGUCGUGACUGCGACGAACAACACGCACCUCGAGUGCAGCACCAUGAUUCACGCGCAGGACCUCGACGUGAUCAACGCCAUGUCCGAGCCUGCGACGCCAGAGCGCAGCGAUGUCCAGAAGCAGCUGGAGACU